AUGUCCAAGAUAUUAGGUCAGGUAUUGGUGGUGGUCGCUGUUCUAGCUUUAGUACAUGCUGCAUUCUCGACUUAUGAACACCUAUCAACGUUGAAAGCCCUCUCGAGACCUACUGGAUCAUUACCAGGUUCUAUCAUACUCGAAGCUCUGAUCUCGCUAGGACUGUUCAUACCUGGAAUAGCACUCUCAUCGGACAGCUUGGAAGAUGUCACAUACAGAGGAGAAUUGGCUAAGAGAAGUAUAGACGACCAGGACGCCAAGAUGGCAUUCAUGAUUCCUUCCAAACGUGGUCAAGCAAUAUUCGGAGAUCAGCAGUAA